AUGCAACCAAACGCGAAGUGGCCCCUGGGGUCUACUGACUUACCUUUCCUCUCCAACGCACACCGUCUCCUCCCCUUCUCCCCCACCUUCGCCUUCAUCAAGCCACCCCUCGCGACGCCCUGUCUCAGCCUCGGGCAUCCCAACCCGAGCCUCCUGCCGAGCCAGCAGCUGGGCCCACCGAGCCUCGAAGGCUCGGUCGAGAGCGAGAGCCUCCUCCCUGUGGCGCCUGAAGGCCUCUGCCUUGGCGCUCUGGUGCUCCUGCUGCAGCCUCUGCACCUCCCGGCUGUACGCCACUGCUUCCUGGCAGCUUCCCUCUAG